CAGGGCAGAGCAAAGGUGCUAGGGCCUUCUGGAGAAGUGGAUCUGAGGUCCUUUCCAUGCUUCCUGGAAACCUCCAAAAGCAAAGAGGGCCCUUUUUGCGAAUGCCUGCUUCAUGGCUGCUGCUUCCUCACUGUGACCUGACAGGGCAGAACACUGCUGAAGGGUUUAAUCACUUGAGCUAAGACCCCCUUCCUCCAUGAAGGCACAAUGUGACCUUGAGCAAGACCUUUCUCUUCUCUAGAAUGUGGUUUCUCUGUCGGUGGGGGGAGGGGGGCUCUCUAUUGAAGACCCCCUUUCUCUUAUGCUGCAGAUCUCUCUGGGCAUCCAACAGGGCCUUCCGAGCUCCAGUUACAGUGAGCCGAGCAGCACAAUCUGAUGUCAUCGUCCCCACAAACAUUCAGAGUAGGCUCGGUCAUGGUUCCUACUUUAUGGAUGAAUAAAUAGGAAGAGGGUAAAUUAGUUGCUCAAGUGCACAUAGCAAGUAACUAACAGAGCCUGGAUUUCACUUCCAAGUAUGUGCAAUUAAUGGUUCUGAAUCUUGAGGUUGACGAACUUUCCUCGCACUAGACCUAGGAGGCAUUCAUUCCACAAAUACAUAUUGAGGGCUGAUCAUGGAGCAGGCCCAUACCCCCGCAGAACCUACGCCGCAAACCUCAAAGGUAUUGUUGCCCUGGGCGGAGCUGUUGGGUUUAAAGAGCUGGAACCCACCUGGGCUGAACCCAGCCCCAGCAGCCUCUCCAGAUCUGCGCCCGGCUCUCAGGACACUGAAGCACCGAGAGGUGAAGCAAGCCACUGAGUCACACAGCUGUUAGCUGCCUGUUUCUCUGCGGCUCAACCCGGGUGUGCUCGCCCUUUGCAGAGACUAUCUUGGAAUUCAUCCUGAUAUCGCCCGAGGCCCAGACCUUUGGGAACAAUAGCUCAGGGCACUGUGAAUCUGGGGCAGGUCCUGGCUAUCUGACCCCAUCCCGCCCCCCUCCCCUGCAGUCCUGCUCUGCAGCCAUAUCAUGAACAGAGUGACCCGGGGCCUUCUCCUCACACUGGCAGGCCUGCCUGCCUUAGAAGCCAAUGACCUGGUUGAUAAAGACAGUCCCUUCUACUAUGACUGGGAAAGCCUGCAGCUGGGCGGCAUGAUUUUUGGAGGGCUCCUGUGCAUCGCUGGAAUCUUGAUAGCCCUAAGUGGAAAAUGCAAAUGCAAGUACAAUCAGAAGCACAGCCCCUUACCUGAGAAAGCCAUUCCACUCAUCACUCCAGGCUCUGCCAGUACCUGCUGAGCACAGGACCAGCUUCAUGGCACUCUUGGUACUGGCUCCGAUGCUGUUCCUUCCCCACGUGGUGGCCCUACGCUCCAUGAUGGCCUUUCCCCCCCACAGUGGGCCCUUAGUCUCCCUUCUGAUCAGAAGGCUGUCCAAAGCUUAUUUCUAAAUUAAACUGUCUCACCCCUCC